UUUUGAGAUUAUAGUUUCCUGCAUUUUCAUGUUUUAACUGAUCAUCUCAAUAGCUUAUUAAAAAGAAAAUAAGUAAAAGAAAUCUCUUAUAUAACUUGCCCUAAACUUAACUUACCAGCCGAAGAGUUUGAGUUGCCACCGUUCUCAGAAGGCCAAGUCUUAUGGGUUCUAUGCAAAUCCAUGUAUUGAAUAAUUGAAAGAUGAUUAAAAGUAAUAAAAACUAUGAUACAAGAAACAAGUCCAGUAAGCAAACAAACCAUCAGAAAACUAUCAAUUAAGUAGUACUAGUUACAUGUAGUAUUUAUGCAAGUGAUUGAAUUUUUUAUUUUAAUUAAUUGCCACUAAUUUCUAGCUAAUAAUAUCUAUAUGAAACCCAUCAACUUCUCCUGUGUUGUUAGCCACAUAAUCAAUAUUAUUCUCAGGAGCCUCUUCACUACCUUCAUAUGUAACAUUUUCUUGCCACUAAAUGCCUCCUCCUCUAUAUAAACAGUAGCUUCUCCUUUGUCCUUUCCCACAUCUAUCACACAUCUACAAUCAGAAAAUGGCUUACACUUCCACGCUCUUCCUUCUCACAGCUCUUCUAGCUUUGACCACACCUUUCAUGGCCAUGGCUCGACCUUUGAUGAAUAACCCAAUUGGUUCACACUCAAACUUCGCCUUCAGGUUAAAGUUGGAUGAAGAAUCAUCAAACUGCUGGGACUCAUUGUUUCAGCUCCAGGCAUGUACUGGUGAGGUUAUCUUGUUCUUCUUCAACGGUGAGACUUACUUAGGUCAUGGCUGUUGUGAAGCCAUUAAGACAAUCGAGCACCAGUGUUGGCCUGCCUUGCUUGGUUCUCUUGGGUUUACCACGCAAGAGACUGAUAUACUGAAAGGCUAUUGCGACGGAGCUGAUCAAAUUCACACUCCUCCAUCACCACCUACUGGAAGAGUUAUUCCUUUGGAGAAGUGGGUUCCUUGAAAAAUUUGGUUUUGGUGAUUUAAAAUCAUGAAUCAUCAUGGACAUGCCUCUUGAUACAUAAUAAGGCUUUGUUUGGUUCUUGCUAUGUUUUAGUGUCGAAUUGUGCUUCUUCUGUCUUUGUUGCUCACUUUUAUGAGUGUAAUACUAGUUAAGAACGAAAUGAAAUGAUCAGUUUCUAUCGAAGUCUAUGCAAAUUAAACAUUGCAUGUUCCAGUACUUUUCUGUGAAUUAUUAGAAGAAAGCAGUGUGAUUUUGUGUGCAGCAAUCAACCCGCUGAUAACGGUGGAUAGAAACUAACCUUCUAUGUUAAAUAGAAAAAUUACCCCGAAUCCAGAUUCACUUAAUAUGGAAUGUAGAUUUAUGUGUGCCAAUAAGUUGAACAUUUUGGUUCUACUUCAGUAAUAAAAGUUCGGCCUAUCUUUUCAUGUGAAAUUUCGUUCUU